AAGCAUGCAAGUUGGUUCCUAGGAUUCGACUUCUGCUCAAACUCCGUACGACGAUUGCAGAACGAGACCCCAAAACGAAGCUAAAUCCUUCGACGGGUAAAGAGUGUUCUCCCCAGGUAGGGACUUCCCAAUAAGAAAUCUGAGCUUUAAGAUCUGGAGUUUGUCCGUGGUAAGAUGCAGAUCUUGUCCAAGUUCUUCUAUUACUUGUUCACCUACUUUCUCUAUACGUUAGAUCACUACGCAAAGACUGCUUUUACCAGAUCGACAGUCAGCAAUUCAGAGUCAACUUCUCGAUGGCAAAUACGUCAAAGAGUCAUUAUGUUGGACCCAAUCCUAGGGGAGCAGCGGACAGAAAUACUGCCAGUGCGGUGAUGGCACUUGUGGGAAUGUUUGUGUUUCUAAGACUAUGGGGACGAUUCAAAUACAACAGUCGACGUCCUGGGAAUGGAUUCUGGCCACAGUUUGGAGAGUCACGGUUUUGGAUCUUGAUGUCGGAUUUGACCAUACUGCUAUCAUUCUUAUCGGGUCUUACUCUUACAAUCGUCAUUGAUAAUGCUGUUACAUGGGGGUUCGGAAUUCAUAUCAAAGAAUUGAGCAUUACUCAGAUCCACAACGUUAUGAAGAUGUUCUUCUUGUUCCAGAUCUUCUACAAAUGGACCGCAGGUAUUUCAAAGAUCGCAUCAUGUUUCCUCUUUCUCGCCAUCGCCACUCCACAAAUGACAAGAUUCAGAACCGCUUGCUACGUCUUAAUUGUGUACCAGGGACUUCUUAGUCUCGGUGCUUCCGUGGCGACCGUCUUUCAGUGCGGCCUUGAUAUCGAGAGCAAUUACAUCAGUACAAAUGACCAAUCUCACUGCUUUCCAAAGCCCCCAUUUUGGUAUGCACACGGAGCACUUACCAUCGUUUCCAGCUUGUGUAUGGUGACAUUGCCGAUCUGGCUGUUCUCGCAUAUCACUUACAAGCGGAAGUGGUCAAUUGCUGCCGUUAUGACAGCACUUGCCGUCACUGAAUUGAUCUUAUCAUGCGUCCGUCUCAAAGGACUUGUCGAAACUGCUCACAAUUUGACGGACAUCCCAUUCUCUGCUACGACAGGGCUUCUCAUCUCGCAACUCGAAGUCGAUUUCGGCAUUGUCGCAGCCUGCAUCCCCACCAUAUCAAAGCUUUUAGAUGAAUACAUGAGUCGAUUAUUCUACUGUGUUACGGGUCGAGAACGCCCAGUAAAGUCAGAUGGAUACUCGAAAUCAACAUCUCGGACGCCCAAGAGCGUUCAUCUCGACAACUUACCUAAUUCGAUACAAGGGAGCAAAUACACUCAAUUUGGAGUUGAGAUCGACACCGUGUCUAUGGGCUCUGAAGAAGAUAAGUUUGCCGCAAAGAGACAUGAGGCAAACACCCUGGCGGUCUAG